AUGGAAAAGGAUAAGAUAAAACAAUCAUUGAACAUAUUUCAAGUUGUGGUAGAUGAUCUUCAUGUGCAUGGCAUCUAUCGCACUACUGAGCAAAUACGGCAGAAAGUAGUUGAUCUGCGAAAAACUUAUAACGAAUUGAAGUAUAUAAAAGAUCGUAAAGCUCGCUUGGAGAAGUGUGAAUACUUUGGUCUAUUGAAGGACUUGUUCCAAGACGCGCAACGUGAGUUGGAUGCCAAAAAAUCUUCCUUAAAUGUACCCAGCAUCAAAACCAAGAGGCCUCGUCCAAUUGAAUCCGACACGUCGAUUAAUCAUCACACUAUACCGGUGAAAUUAUCCAGAAGGUCCGAUAGCAACAGUGGUAGCAGGAGCGCUAGAGACCAACAACCUAAUGGUUAUGGCCACAAAAAUCAUGAGCAACAACAGUAUGAUAGUGGGACUGCUUGCGUGUUAGACAGUGAACCAAUAGUGCAUAAUGGUAACGGUGCAAGGCAUGAUUCGCCGGAACACGUUGUUCCAGGAAAGCAUCAUCUUAAGUUGAGUGAAUAUCAGCGUUUCCUGAACAAUUCCCUAGCUAAUCUGUGCAAAAAUGAUCGCUAUGCCGAUGUGAUGUUAUUCAUUUGUAAUGACGAUGAUAACAUCGCAAUUCCCGCACAUAAGCUUGUUCUGGGAUCCUUUAGCCCGUACUUUUCGAAUAUUUUUGAGAAAAAUACAAUAGCCACUACACCUUCGAUGACUUGCGUGGUGCUACCACCAAUUGUAACACGCUCAGCCAUACAGAGCCUGCUGCAUUGUAUGUACACAGGAGAAGUAAUCAUUCCUGCAGACAGAGUACAGGAGGUAAUGUUGUGUGGAGAUGUGCUUCGCAUUCAAGGUUUCUGCAGCUCGAACGCCCCUUCGAUGCUAUCCAAGAACAGCAAUCAGCAGGGAUUAGUGUCGACACCAUUAGUCUCCGUUACACAAAAUCUUAGCAUGAACUCGGCGGUAAUGCUUGGUUCUAGACCGCGCAGCCUCACGCCAGCAACAGCUACCAUGGUAAAUCGUGAUCGAACACCGACACCGAUGACCACAUUCGAACGACCACGUUCGGCAGAAAGGAAACUUUUACGAUUUCACGAACCUGAUCAGUCGCAAAUUCAGAAUGCCGAACUACAACAACAACCUCAAAUCUACUCGGAACGACCACAGCAGUUCCAAUUACAGUAUAUGGAACAAUCGCAGCUACCACAAAUGCAGGACAAGGAAGGACUACAGCAGCCACCAAUGUUGCACACAGAUCGACCACAACAGUCACAAUUGCAGUAUCUCGAACAACAACAACAACUACAGCCACAAAUGCAGCAAAGAGGGCGAAACCAACAGUUACAAUUGCAGCAUACCGGGCAACUGCAUCAGCCACAAUCGCAGCAUUCCGAACCAUUACAAUUGCUGCGUGUGGAAAACACAUCGCAAACACAAAUGCAUUGCCCGGAACAAACACUGCAGCCACAAGUGUUGUAUACACAACAACCGCAUCAACCCCAAUACCAGCAAUCACAUGGCACAAAGCAGGUGUCAGUACUGCAUUCAGUACAAAUACAGAAGCCACAAUUACAACCAAAUGAGCAAACAAGACAACUGGUAAUGCAACAACUGCAGCAACCACAGGUGUUUCAAUUGCAACAGGUGCAACCAGCGCAACAUACAUUACAACCGCAACAAUUGUUACAGCUUUCGCAAUCCCAACAGCCUGUACAAUCACAAGUUUCGCAGCAAAUCCAACGGGAUGAAGAAUUUCAGAAACCCCAGCAGUCUAUGCAAUCCCACCAGAUUCAGCCAUGCUUACAAUCUUUUCAAUCGCUGCAGCCGAUCAUACCGCCACAGGUACAACAGGCCCAGCUGUCUCUGCAAUCCCAGAUGGUACAGCAACCUCAGCAACCCCAGGUGGCUCUAGAACCUAAGGAUCCAAAACAACCGCAACAGUCUUUACAAACGCAACAACCUCAAUUGCUCCAACGAGUUCUCCAUUUCCAGCAACCUGAUCAAUCCGAGCUGGAUCUGCAAUCUCCACAGCCAUCGAAAAAAUUGCUGCAAGCCCAACAAGUCCCGCAAUCCCCACCGGUAUCCCAGCAAUCUCACCAAUUCAACCAUCCUAAUACACCUGAACCGCAGAAACCCCAGCAACCUCAAAAAGCACAACAUUCUCAGCAAUCCCUAUCAUCUUUGCCAUCUCCGCAACCUCAGCAAACGCAGCAGCCUCCACCAAUUCCUUUGUCUCAACAAUCUAACGAAGCUGAGCAAUCUGAAAAACUUUCCCAGCAGCACCAAAAUCCUCAAAAAUCUCAGUUGACGGUCAAUCAGGCAAUUUUUGAUGAUUUGCCGGAUUCAAAGGAAGAAUUCCCUGGACAGGUGCUGAUGGCUUCAUCUGAGUUGCUUUCAUCACAGAAGUUGUCGCUUCCGCAAGAUUUGUUGCCAUUGCAAGAGUUGCUUCAAACACAGGAGUUAUUACAACCACAGGAGCCACGUCAAGUACAGGUACAGUCUCGAGGACCACCACAACCGUUGCAAAUAAAGAAAGAGCAAAUAAAGCCAUCGUCACAACAGCUCCGCCAACAAAGGCCUCUAGAACAGCGACAGUUGCAGCAACAGCAACAGCAAAAACAGCAGCUACAGCAACAACAACAGCCACAGCAACAAAAACAGCUACAGCAACAACAACAGCCACAGCAACAACAACAACAGCAGCAACAACAACAGCUACAGCAACAACAACAGCCUCAGCAACAACAACAGCCACAGCAACAACAACAACAACAGCUACAGCAACAACAACAACAGCUACAGCAACAACAACAGCCACAGCAACAACAACAGACACAACAACAACAGCCACAGCAACAACAACAGACACAACAACAACAGCCACAACAACAAAAGCCACAACAGUCAUUGCAGUUGAGACCGCCGGCUCAGCCUAUUCAGACACCUGACAAGCAGUCACAAGAAUCGCAAAAAUCAACAAUACGGCUGCCGGCACAUGAGGGUAAAAUGAAUGAUAAAUCAGAGCCCGUACUGGGGCAGGCUAAUGAUGAUGCUGAAUUUUCUGGACUCGCUUCCAGUACACAAGUGCCGGCUUCAGCAUCGUCGACACGUGAUGAGUGUGCCAGAACGGAAACGAGUGAGAAAUCAAAAUUAUCGGACGAAGAGCAGAAGAUAUCAAAUGCGAAAAAAGAAAUGAUAUUUGUCGCAUUCGAAGAUAAUAAAAAGCAGACUUUGCUGGAAGACUAUCAAGAGCAACGAAAAAAGGAAUUUAUACAAGAAUACGAAGAACAGAUAAAACUUUCCCACUCGUUGGUGGAGACCCCUAAAUCUUCGCCGUCUAUGCCACCUUCACCAAAGUCGCCGGUAUCGCACCCCUCUGCAACGCCACAGCUGCCGGCUACAUCGGUUCUAAAGGAGAAUGUAACCGAAUCGAGAACACAUUCUCCAGCACCGGACAUCAUUGAUGCGCUCGACAACAUGGUGGUGCUGACAUCGGAUGAGUCGAUGAUGGAGAUGGUAACGAAGUCUCCCGAAUCCCAGACGUCACCGUUCAGCUCUGAUACUCCCAGCCCAACAACUCCCGACAACCGCGACAAAAUCGAAUCUUUGAUUGAGCUUGAUUAUGGCGAUGGACUGAACCUACCAAAUACGUCCAUGGACGAGGAAGACUGCGUCGUAAUUGAUGAUUUACAGGAUGGCACUCCGCUGGAUCAGCUGGUCUACUCACGAUUGAACUGUCAGCUAUGUUACGACUCCUUCACCACUCCAUCGGACUGGGUGCAACACGUGACCGAGCACUGUAUCAUGGAUCAAGGGCUGAUGAAGCGGCGCGGAUAUCCUAAUGACGAAGGCGACAAUAUCGAUUCCGCUUUCAGGUGCGACAUGUGCUCGUCUUACUUCAUAACGGCGUACGAUUGGCAAAAUCACGUGGCAGAAGCUCAUGAAGAAGAUUAAAAAUGCACGCGACAUGCUGAUAAUUUGCCAUCGUUGCACUGACGAUUGUAUAAUUGAUUUUUUUUUCAAAAUCUUAUCUGAAUACGCAGACGUACAACGGAGACAGAACGAGAUGUACCCGAUGAUACUAGGGAAACAUUAAUUCUUAUUAUUAGGUGAUGUCACCUUUCAUAGCUAUAGCUAAAUGACGGUUGAUAAAAUUUUAUAAUAAUUCAACAAAAAUUGAAUAAUACGACCGUGUAUGCUAGAAAUAAACUAUAAUUUUUCCAUU